AUGGUCCCAGCUGGCCAUGAUUAUCUUAAUCUUCUCCUGAAAAGAACCCGUCAUAACAUUGAAUCCGUGGCUUACGCGAAUGGUAAUGAUACUAAAAGCGGCAUCCUCUCUUCCUCGUCAGUGGUCAUUUCGCGGGUCGAAUAUGACACGCUCAUGUCUCUGGCCAGACAAUAUGGCGAGGAAACGAUUGAUUUCCUCAGUCAAGAUGAUGAAGCUAUCCAAGCUGGACACCCAUCUUCUGCCCCGGCUUACUCACCAGCUGACACCGGAGGCGGCGCUCCUCUCUCCCCAUCCCAGCCCUCGAACAGCGGAGAUUAUUACCCCUUCCACAACGGCUACCAAACUACCCGCUCAAUUUGGGCCGCUAUCGCCGAAGACGAUUCUGACGCCGGCGACGGCGAAGGCGUCGAGUCCCCUCCGCCAGGCGCCAACGGAGCCAACGGCAACGCUAACGGAAACCAGCGGCAACAUGCCCAGUACUACCCCCGCAACUGUCAGCGCUCCAUCGUGCUUCAAAACCUGGCUGAGGGCACCACCUAUGCGGAUAUCACGGCUGCCGUGCGGGGCGGCAUGCUGUUGGACGUAUUUUUGCGGAGUGAACAGCGGGCUGCGACGGUUUCGUUCUUGAGGGAGGAGGAUGCAAGGGGGUUCUGGAAGAGUGUCAGAAGGUGGGAUUUGUACGUUCGAAAUAAGAGGGUCGACAUCCGCUGGGCAGAUAGACAGUUUAUUCUGCCUCGUCAUGUGGCAGACAAGAUCACCCGCGGUGCCACACGCAACCUGGUUCUGUACAACUUCGACCCAGCCAAGCACACCGAAGCACAAAUCUGCGAGGACUUGGAGCAUAUCCACAAUUUGGCCGUGAUCAAGGUUGAGUUCUUGGACGGUAAUUGCUACAUCAGCCUUAACUCGGUGCAUAAUGCUAUUUAUGCUUGGCAGUGCAUGAUGAGUCGGCUAAGAUACAAACAUCACAAAAUCGUAUUCGCCCCCGACGAGUGUGCCCAGCCCUUCCCCGCUCCGGAGUGGUUUAAGCCCCGUCAAAAUAUCCGCGAGUAUGCUAUGGGGCAAAAGAAGGCACAGCAGGUUUCGGCGCUUAACCGGUUCCACGUACUGAAGAUCGAUGAUGACAAUGAUGAUGAGGCAGGCAGUGAGAAGGAGGGAUGA